AAGAUAAAUACACUUAAUAGUUUGUUAAUAUUAUAGGAUCUCCAAUGUUCUUUACGCUGGCUCGAUUACCUAUUGUAGAGUUCAUUUCAAGUCCUGUACCGUCAAGAUCUAAGUUUGUGUUCCGGCAACCGAAGCUUUCUUACGAAAACAAUUUAUUUUUAUUAUCAUUUCGUCACUCGGUGUGGUACAGUAUAGGCGCUGUUCUCAUUUUCCUAUUCUUGGCAUUAUUUGGGGUCACAUUUUGGGAAUGGAAGAGAAAUGAUCAUGAUAUUGAUUCGAGAAUAAGUGAGGCGGGAAUAUUACGAGCAAAUACAUCGGAUAUCGCCAUAUUAAUUUUUGGAGCAACUUGUCAACAGGGAAGCCCUGUGGAACUGAAAGGUAGUUUGGGUCGUGUGGUGCUUCUGGUUCUCUUCUUGACAGUUUUGUUUCUGCACACAUCGUUCUCUGCGAAUAUUGUUGCCCUCUUACAAUCAAGUUCAUCACGGAUUAGAACACUGGAAGAUUUGCUACAAUCCCGACUGAAGUUUGGUGUCCAUGAUAAUCCUUUCAACAGACAUUAUUUUGCGACCAUGUCUGAACCGAUAAGGAAAGCUAUAUACGAUACAAAGAUUGCGCCUCCCGGUGUACCACCGCGAUUUUUGUCAAUGGAAGAUGGAGUUCAGAAAAUACGUCAGGGUCUUUUUGCUUUCCAUAUGGAAACCGGCGUUGGAUACAAGUUUGUAGGAAAAUAUUUUGAGGAAGGGGAAAAGUGCGGUCUCUACGAAAUACAAUAUCUACAAGUCGCAGACCCUUGGAUCGCUGUUCGUAAAAAUACUCCGUAUUUGGAAAUGUAUAAAAUAGGUACAAAACGUAUAAUAGAACAUGGGUUGCAGUAUAGAGAAAAUCGUCGUUUGUACGAACGUCGACCUACAUGUUCUGGAAGUGAGGGUAACUUCGUGUCUGUAAGCAUGGUGGACUGCUACCCGGCUAUAUUAGUACUGUCCUAUGGCAUCCUCAUAGCAACCCUCAUACUUCUUGUUGAAAUCCUGUACCGUUAUAAAAUUAAUAUUUUGAAAGGUAUUCGAAGCAGAAGAAUAUCAGUCUAAUGUAUAAUAAGUAUUUAUUUAUUAUA